CUGUUUUUUAUUUUGAUUACUUAUUCUUACGAUUAGAAUCAUUUAUAUAUCUCCAUUAUGAUAAAUUUGAGAACAUUUCAUACAAAAAUCGGGCAACACAUUUAUCAACAGCAUCAACAUGUAAUAACCCAGCGUAAAAUUUCAUCCAUUUCUGCAAAAUGUGGUUCUGUGAGAAGAGUGAAUAACUACAAGAAUAGCAACACUUCCACUGCAUGUGUAUUCCAAUUACAACAACGAGGACUUUCAGAAGCGGCAAGUGUUAAUGCUGCAGCAUCAACAAUACAAGUGCAAUCGCCAUUCAGCGGAAUUUGGUUGUCCCUCUCACAAAGCACACCUGUUGCCUACAUGCAAGAUGCGCUAAUAGCGUUACAUGACAGCAGCGGUUUACCAUGGUGGGCUUCUAUUGUUAUGUCUACGGUGCUCUUUCGCACGUUUAUAACAUUACCAUUAGCAAUAUAUCAACAUAAAAUAAUGGCACGCCUAGAGCUACUCGUUUUGGAAAUGCCAGCAAUUGUAGCUGAGUUAAAGAAGGAGGCUGCUAUAGCAAUGAAAAAAUUCAAAUGGUCUGAGAGUCAAACCAGAGUGGUAUAUAAUCGGUCGCUAAAGAAGCAAUGGAAUGCUUUAGUGGUGCGUGAUAACUGUCAUCCGGCAAAAACAUUUAUUGUGCUUUGGGGUCAAAUACCAUUAUGGAUAUGCCAAUCGGUAGCAUUGAGAAACCUUGUGCAUAUGAUGCCCGAUCCAACAGCACUGCAAGCACAAAUUAUUUGCACAGAAAUGACAGUAGGUGGUUUUGGUUGGAUACCGAAUCUGACUGAAGUUGACAGCUCAUACAUUUUGCCUGUUGCGUUAGGCUUAAUAAAUUUAAGCAUAAUAGAGAUGCAAACAAUAUUACGCAAUCGUCCUACCACCCGGUUGCAAAAAUAUGCAACAAAUGUAUUUCGUGUGCUAACCAUUGCUAUGGUGCCUGUGGCGUGUUCAGUGCCUUCGGCUCUUUGCGUUUACUGGGUCGCCUCUAGCGGUUACGGCUUGGCUCAAAAUUUAUUACUUACCACGCCUGCUGUGCGGCGCUCACUUGGAAUACCACUUACGAAAACAGAGGUACAGAACCCAUAUGAAAGAAUGUGGCUUAAAAUGAAAACAAUUACUGCGAAAACUGAUCAAAAAUCUGCAAAACAGCAAGCAGAUCACUCAAAUAGUGAAACAAAAACUAAAUAAAAAAUAUUUACUAACUAGCUGUUUGUUUGUAUUAAUUAGCGUUACGUAAGUAAGGUAAAAGUAGUAACAUAACGAUAUGCGACACAAUUGAUGUAAUAUAAAAAAUAUUGUUAGUAAAUUUUUCAACAAAAUUAACUUUUUUAAUUUAUGUGUUAUGCCAUAGAAUAUGUACAAAAGUGUGCAUAUAUAUAGUAUUGUAUAACUAAUUUUAUCAUUUUAAAUAACGUGACAUAUAUCAAUUUAUAUGUUGAAGUUUUUUCGAUAUUUAAUUGAAUUGAACUCCACCUUACAAAUAUAUAGACGUACAUAUUUGCCAGUGAUAUUAUUAUUAUUGCCAGAGUCGAUAAUUUAUGUUAAAAAUUUGUACAACCAAUCCACCUAAAUCCGCAUUAAAUUAUCUUCAUAUUUAUGUAAUAAAUAAAUAUUUCAAAUGCAUCUAAUAGAAGCAAAUUUCUUUGCUCAAUGCAUUUAAAUCGUAAAUGUU